AUGCCUUACCAAGCCUACACCGACGAGACGCCCGACGACGUCAAGAAUGCCAAAGGCAUUCAUCUCGUCACCAUGAGCACACCCAACGGCCAAGCGGUCCAGAUCUUUCUCGAGGAGCUCAAGGACGCCUAUGGAACUGAGUGGACGACUACAGUAAUCAACAUCAUGACCAACGAACAGAAGAAGGACUGGUUCUUGCGUCUGGAUCCUAAUGGACGCAUUCCACUUCUCAUCGACAACAACCAAAAGCCUCCAUUCCCUGUCCACGAAACGAGCGCCGAGAUCUUGUAUCUGCUAAAGCAAUACGACUCGAAAGACCAGUUCGGCUUCAAGGAUGACUUGGAGCGUAGUCAGGCGUUGCAAUGGGUGUUCUUCUGGCAUGGUAGCGGAGCUCCCUACCAAGGCCAAGUCAACCACUUCAGCCGAGCAGCACCAGAGAAAAUCGAGUACGCAAUCAACCGUUUCAAGAACGAAACCCUCCGCGUCUACGGCGUCCUCGAGAUCCAACUCUCAGGCAAAUACACCGGAGACGGACCUCGCGAGUACCUCGCCGGCAACGGCAAGGGGAAGUACAGUGUAGCGGACAUCAAGACAUGGCCAUGGGUCAGGGGCUGGGAGCGAACGGGCUUCACGAAGCAAGAGAUGGAGGCUUUCCCAAGUCUGUUGAAGUGGAUCGAUCGUAUUGCGGAACGUCCGGCUGUGCAGAGGGGGAUUGGGGAGGCUUAUAAUAUGAAACAGUAA